AAGAUACAGUUGUAAUUAUUCCAACAGGUGGUGGUAAAACAGUUAUAUAUACUCUUCCUUGUCUAAUGACACCUGGCUUGGCAUUUGUAGUAUCACCUCUUAUUAUGUUAAUGAGUGACCAAGUUGCAAGACUACAACAAUGUGGAAUCAACACAUGCUAUUACAACACAAUGCUAACUGAUAAUGAAAGACAGAAUAUAUUACAUAAUCUGAAACAGCCAGAUUGUCAAUAUCAGUUUUUGUUCAUUAGCCCAGAAGCUAUUGUAACUGAACAAUUGAAACAUUGCUUGAGUCAGAUUAGUCAUGAGAACAGAUUGAGUUUUUUCAUCAUAGAUGAAGCACAUUGUAUUAGCACAUGGGGUAAGGAAUUUCGCCCAGCCUACCAGCAGCUUGGUACCUUACGGAGCUACAAUGUUCCAAUUAUAGCACUUACCGGCACAGCAACAACUGAAACUUUGGAUGCAAUUAAACAAACACUUGAGAUGGAUAACCCAAAGGUAGUGAAGAUGCCAUGUAGAAGAGAAAAUCUAAUCUAUUCAGUUGUUAACAAGGAUAAUAAAGCUAAAGAACAAGUCUGUAAAAUAAUUGAAGAUGAUUUUGCAGAUGUAUGUGGUAUAAUUUAUUGUGCUACCCAAGCAGAUACUGUCGAAAUUGCAUUUACUCUAAAAGAACAUGGUGUGACAGCUACAUACUACCAUGCAGGGAUGGAGGGUGGACAAAGGAUGCAAAAUGCUUUGCUUUGGCUAGAAAACAAGAAGAUUAUAUACAGGAGUCCGGGAGAGGAGGCCGUGAUGGACACAGAUGUGAUUGCAUUUUAUUAUUUCGUUUUGGUGAUAGGAUGUUCCAUUUAAAGAACAUAUCUCAAUUGUCAUCAGAGCAAUUUAAAGAAAACAAGCAUAUUCUUCUUAAUGCUAUUACAAGUUUUUGUAUGGAGCGUUCAAUUUGCAGAACACAGUUUAUUACAAAAUAUUUUUCAGAAUUGCCAGGUGGUGCAUGCAAAUUGUGUGAUAUCUGUCAAAAAGAAAUUACCCACCAAAUCAAGGAUUUCACAAAUGAAGCAAAAAGCAUACUGGCAUGCUUGACAAGUAUGGUUGCAAUCCAGAGCAAAGUAAAGGUCAGCAUGCUGACAAUGACGUAUAUGGGUUCCAAGGCGAAAGAUAUUGUUAGUAGUGGAUUUCACAUGGUUCCACAGUAUGGAAAGGGUAAGGCCAAUUUCCGAAACAUUUCAGUUCUUACACACUUUGUACAUUUUUUGAUCUUCAAAGGAUUUUUGAAUGAACAUGUUCAGCAUGUAGAGGAUAGAUUAUCAUCAACAUACCUAACAAUUGGGAACAUUCAGAAUUUAUCAAAUGACUCUUGUAAGGUGUUUUAUUGAUGGGCAUGUAAAGUAGUGGCAACAGCAUACAUUUAAACUGCACUUAAGAUUAACUAAAUAUAUUAGUAGGUAAUUGUAUAUAUUAAUGCAUUGUUCACAAUCUAUAGUAAAGAUGGUUGCACACAAAUCUGAUUCUGGUUUAAGAUGCAAUUUGAUGAAAAAUAAGGGACACCACAAAU